GGGCGCGGAGCCCGCCCGGCCCCGGAGCGGAGCCGCUCCUGCCGCGGGGCCAUGGCCCUGCUCCCGCGGCGCUUCCUCUGCUUCGUCCUGGCCCAGCACUUCAUCGCGGCGACGGCGUGCCAGGAGCCGGACUACGGCUGGAUGAUCCGGCACUACUGCCUGAAGCAGUUCCAGCUCAGCAUGGAGGGCAUUGGGCAGCGGCUCUGGUGCGACUGGGAUGAGACCGUGGGCACGUACGGGGAGCUGACCAACUGCACGGUGCUGAUCGCCGAGAGGCUCGACUGCUACUGGCCCAACCGGCAGGUGGACGAGUUCUUCGUGGCCGUGCACAGACAGUACUUCAGGAACUGCUCCCCGUCCGGGCGGGCGCUGCACGACCCCCCCAACGCCGUCCUGUGCCCCUUCAUCCUGCUGCCCGUGCUCGUCACCCUGCUCAUGACCGCGCUGGUGGUGUGGAGGAGCAAACGCAGCGAGGGCAUCGUGUAGGGAACGCCCUGCGGCCAGCCCAGGGGAGGGACGGGGGGAUCUCCCCUGGAACGUGCCUGGUUUUUUGGGAAGACCCUGGCAGAGGAGCAUCGCGGAGGGUACCAAGCUCUGGAAGCAGAGACAGCAUCGCCACUGCUCCUCUUCACCAGUACCCUCUGUGCCACACCCCCGGCGGUUUCCCAGUGAAUGCAUCAUUUAAGACAGGGUUGUUGGGCAAAAUGGGAUUCUGGGGGCCAGUGAGGCUGUCAUGGACUGCCCAGGCAACUGGGAGUCCUCCUGGGAUACCGGGGUGCACCACUCACCCCAGGCAUCAGCACUGCUCUGCUCCGCCUUUCCCAACUGCUUCCUCCCUGGCAACCCCCAGCAUUGUGUGCCAAGAGAGAAGAAUUUUUAAAGGGAAAAAAAAAAGCACAAGGAAAGGGGGUGUGGGGAGUUGAAAUCCUACUGUUCCCGCAGUGCCGGUGCAGCAUCGACGUGUAACCGCGAGGCCGGCAGGUCUGGGCGCAGAGAAACCUCCACGGCUUCCUCUUUUUGUCCUUUUUUUUUUUUUGUUCAGCACACUUGGAAAGGCAUCUUUUCCCUCCGUCCCCAGCCCAAGGACAAGGCCUGCACAGGGUGGGUUUUGCCUGGAUGACGGGCAGCAGUGGAUGAAAGUUGGCGCUGGGAGCUGGUGGCACUGGUGGUGACCGUGGCAAUGCCCCAGGGGGCUAAUGAGGAAUGGGAAUAAGGUGCUUUUCCUAUCUAAAUAAAUAAAUACCUACAUAAA